AUGAAACUUUCCAUCGCUCUCAUAUCUGCCUUCGCAGCUGUUGUUCUGGCACUUCCUACGCCUAGUGCUGACUCUGAGGUGGCGCCUGAAGUCCGAUGGGACUAUGGCAGCUCCAACGAGAAGCGGGACGCAAGCAGACCUGUGCCUAGAUGGGACUACGGUAGCACCGAAGACAAGAGAGAUCAUAUUGACAUCAACUGGAAUUACGGCAAGAAGAAGGCCCGCUGGGACUACGGCAAUACUGAAGACAAGAGAGAUGUAGUCGGCACCGAUUGGGAUUACGGUAAACGCGACGUCGAAGAGAAGAGGGUGGCCUGGGACUAUGGCAGUACUGAGGACAAGUAG